AUGGAAGUUUUAAUGGAUGACUUUUCCGUUGGUGGAGGCACAUAUGAGAAGUGCCUAAUGAAUUUAUCUCGUUGUUUAGAAAGGUGUGAGAGUACCAACUUGGUGCUCAAUUGGGAGAAAUGCCACUUCAUGGUGGAAAAUGGCAUUGUUCUUGGCCAUAAAAUCUCCCAAGCGGGCAUCGAAGUUAAUGGUGCGAAGGUUGAUGUGAUUGAGAAGCUUCCUCUUCCCACAAAUGUGAGAGAAGUGAGGUCUUUCCUUGGUCAUGCAGGCUUUUACCGCCGUUUCAUCAAAGAUUUCUCUCUGAUUGCUAAGCCUCUCACAUCUCUCUUGCAACAGGAUAAAGAAUUUGUAUUUGAUAAAGCUUGUCAUGAGUCAUUUUGUAGGUUGAAAAAGGCUCUAUCCACCGCCCCCAUAGUCCAAGGACUGGAUUGGUCUAUACCAUUCGAGAUAAUGUUUGAUGCAAGCGACGAGGCCAUUGGAUCGAUUCUAGGACAAAGAAAGGAUGGGAAACUUCACGUUAUAUACUAUUUGUCCAAGACUCUCAAUGAUGCUCAACGGAAUUAUACAACUACCGAAAAAGAGUUCUUGGCGGUUAUUCACUCAUUUGAGAAGUUUAGAACCUACCUCAUUGGUUCUAGGACAAUAGUGUAUACCGAUCACUUGGCUCUCAAAUAUUUGAUAAGCAAGAAGGAGGCCAAACCGAGGUUGUUGAGAUGGGUCUUGGUCCUUCAAGACUUUGAUUACGAAAUGAGAGAUAAGAAGGGAGCCGAGAACGUGGUGGCGGACCACCUUUCUAGGUUGGGAGGUGCAAGAAUACAUGAAGAAGGUUUGCCAAUUGAAGAUGCCCUAAUGAUGUCUUAUAUGCUCUUGAGGCAAAAUUGGAGCCUUGGCCCUUUCAUCUCAUUCCAAGGAAACCGGCACAUUCUAGUUGCCGUUGAUUAUGUUUCCAAGUGGGCGGAAGCCGUGGCAUCUCCCACCAACGACUCAAAGGUGGUCAUCAACUUGCUUAAGAAGGUCAUCUUCCCAGGAUUUGGUGUCCCGAAGCGUGGUCUUGCUUACCACCCUCAAACAAGUGGUCAAGCGGAGAUCACAAAUAGGGAGUUAAAGAUCAUCUUGGAAAAGAUCGUGGCUAGAACAAGGAAGGAUUGGUCUAGUAAGCUCAUUGAUUCAUCGUGGGCAUAUAGGACCGCCUUCAAGACUCCGAUUGGGACAACCCCCUACAAACUUGUGUAUGGGAAGAAUUGCCAUCUCCUGGUGGAAAUGGAGCACAAGGCGCAUUGGGUCAUAAAGCAAAUUAAUUUUGACCUCCAUGUCGCGGGUGAGCAAAGGAUGCUAGAUCUCCAUGAGUUGGAAGAGCUUCGAAUGAACGCCUAUGAUAGUGCAAGCCUCUACAAAGCAAGAACCAAGGCAUGGCAUGACGCUCAAAUUUCCAAGAAGGAGUUUGUGGAAGGACAAAAGGUCCUGCUUUUUAAUUUAAGACUCAAGCUUUAUCCCGGAAAAUUGAGGUCUAGAUGGAGCGGGCCAUUCGAAAUGUCCAAAGUCCUUCCAUAUGGCUCAAUCGAGAUAUUCAAUGACAAGUACCCUCCAUUCAAAGUGAAUGGGCACCGUCUUAAGCCAUACUACGAAGGUCAACUAAUUGAGAUGCCGGAAAAUUUGUCACUCAUUGACGUUUUCAAGUCAUCAUGA